UUAAAAUAUGAAUGUGUAUUGUGACGAUGAUUUCUAAGGAGAAAUAAUCGAUCUAUUUGCAAUGUGAUAAAAAAAUAAUUCAUUCAAUGACGCUCUUAUCAUCAUCGUGGACUUUCAAAACACCAUGAUGUCUAAAACGAGCGAGGGAUCACUCAAGAAAAAUCGUUUCCUGCAACAUAAACGGUGAGCCAACAUUCACCGUCACCAUGAUGAACGUAAUGGCGGCGAUGUCGACGGGCCUACCUCAAAUGGAUUCCACGUCUUCAUCAGUCUUCAACAACACCAUUACCGCCUUUAGCACAACAGCGACCACAACAACAGCCGCAAAUGUAACGUCAUCAGUAGAAAAUCCGACGGUGGAAAAUCUUCCCGAAAAUGUCAACGUGCUAGUGGUGGCGAUCAAGGGUAUUAUUAUGGGCACCAUCAUCACUACGGCGGUUUUGGGCAACAUGCUAGUGAUUGCCAGCGUGCGGAGGCAUCGUAGAUUACGAGUAGUCACUAACUGUUACGUUGUUAGUCUGGCAGCGGCCGAUCUCUUGGUGGCAAUGUGCGCCAUGACCUUCAAUGCCUCAGUGGAGCUCUCAGGAGGAAAAUGGCUCUUUGGGACGGUUAUGUGCGACCUGUGGAAUUCGCUGGACGUGUACUUCAGCACCGCCAGCAUCCUCCAUCUUUGUUGUAUCAGUGUGGACAGAUAUUAUGCCAUAGUAAGCCCGCUUGAGUACACAGUGAUAAUGAAGCAGAGUACUGUGGGAUGUAUGCUGGGUAGCGCUUGGGUCCUGCCGGCGCUGAUAAGCUUUAUUCCAAUUUUCAUGGGAUGGUACACGACAAAAGAACAUCUAGAAUACAUGGUGAAGCACCCGGAGAGUUGCGAGUUCCGAGUAAAUUUACCAUACGCGCUCAUCAGUUCCUGCGUAUCCUUUUGGAUCCCAGGUCUGGUGAUGAUUAUCAUGUACUGUAAGAUCUACAAAGAGGCAAUUCGACAACGAAAAGCGCUCAGCCGGACGUCCAGCAACAUCGUCCUCAAUAGCGUACACCAUCAUCGCUCAUCUACGCGACAUCAUCAUCAUCAACAGAUGUUGCUGCAGGCCGCUGCCGAUACCGGUGAGCUAGCCCUUCAUACAGCACACUUCGCAGUGCCCACGGAGCUCCACGCCGUUAACGGUACUUCGAUACGACAGCAAACAAAAAGUUGGCGGGCCGAACACAAAGCUGCGAGAACACUCGGUAUAAUUAUGGGGGCGUUUCUCCUUUGUUGGCUGCCAUUCUUCCUCUGGUAUCUGACAACGUCAUUGUGCGGCGAAGCCUGUUAUUGCCCGGAUACGGUGGUAUCGGUGCUUUUCUGGAUAGGUUACUUCAACAGCGCCCUAAACCCACUCAUCUAUGCGUAUUUCAACCGCGACUUCCGUGACGCCUUCAAGGAUACCUUAAAGAGCGCCUUACCCUGCUGCGCCAACUGUUGGAAGACACCCUCGCAAUUCGUGUAGUUUGACACAAUUCCGAAAAAUCCGCCUCCAAAAGGCGAGUUCUAAGUCCUUUUUUUCCUCAAUAAAUUUUCAGCGAAAAUCAAGCUUUGUUUCGACGAUUUUUGGACGCCAAUCGACGCUAUUCGCAAUUGACCCUUAUUACUCGAACAUAUUGACUUCACACAUCGCUUCUUCGUUAUUCGUAACAUGGUGCGUAGC